GAGAAAGCUCUGCUUGAAAUUAUUGUCUUCGGAAGUAGUCAGAUAGAAGAACAAGGUAUAAAUACAGAUUUCGAAGAAUAGUUAUCGUUUAGAAUGGUUAGUUGGAAAAGGAAAAACAGCGCCUCAAUCCUUUGAAUUUCUGCUCAUACGAUGGGGGGUUAAAUGCAAGCAAUCAUUGUGGAAGGCUUUCUGUAGCAACUAUGGAGACUGUAGGCAGCUGGGAUGCCCUAGGGUGGACAAAAAUCGAGGCAUAUACGCGCUCCGUGGCUCAUGGCAUGGAUGAAUUUCUUCUACCGAAAGAGGAUGUUAUUGCAGAGGGUCAUGGCGUUGUUAUGGUAAACACUGAUGUUGCUGGUACUCUUUUGGUAACCAACUUCCGUCUACUUUUUGUGGGCGAAGGACCCAGGAAGUUGAUCCCUCUAGGCACCAUUCCAUUGGCUACUAUUGAAAAGUUCUCCAAGCAGGUGGCACGAGUAACUCCUGUUUCUCGUCAAGGAGAUAGGAUUUACUCCCAUCAAGGAGAGAAAAUUCCUUCACGACGUCUUCUUCAAGUCAUAGGUAAGGACAUGCGGAUUAUUCUCUUUGGAUUUCGUCCAAGAACAAAGCAGAGGAGAGCAAUUUUUGAUGGACUGACAAGGUAUAUGAGGCCAUCUCGACUUUGGGAUUUGUAUGCGUUCACCUGUGGUGCUCAGGUGUUCACAAACUCUGAUCCAAAGGUGCGGUUACAUCACGAGUAUCUCAGGCUUCUUGGCAAGAACAAUUUUCUGAGAAGUGUAACAAGCUUUCAUAAAGAGAAAAUGUAUUUGGUCUCAAAUAAGAGUUGGAGAAUAACUGAUGUAAAUUCGAAUUACAAACUAUGCCCAACAUACCCUCAUCUUUUCUUAGCCCCUUCAAAUAUCAGUGAUGAGGAGCUGUCACAAGCUGCAACUUUUCGUGCCCGGGGAAGAUUACCAGUUGUUACAUGGUGCCAUCCUGAAAAUGGAGCUGUUCUGGCACGUUCCUCACAGCCCUUGGUUGGUCUUAUGAUGAAUUCUAGGAGCAAUGCUGAUGAAAAGCUUGUUGCUGCACUCCGUGCUCAAAUACCCGGCAGCAAAUAUGAAAAAAGAAAGCUAUAUAUUGCUGAUGCAAGGCCUAGAAAAAAUGCCAUUGCCAAUGGAGCCAAAGGAGGUGGAUCAGAAUCCAAAUCAAACUACUCACAGUCAGAGGUUGUAUUUCUUGGGAUUGAUAAUAUACAUGCCAUGAGAGAGAGUUUCAAUCGACUGAGAGACUACUUGGACACACAUGGUGCCACUUCUUCAGAUGGUUUAUCGUCAUUCUUGAGAAAUAAUGUAGGGACUUGGGCUGGAGGUAGUCAAAGUAGCAUGUCUGCAUCUGUUUCAGCACUCGGCGAUAGUGGCUGGUUAAUGCAUAUUCAUAGCGUUUUAGCUGGUUCUGCAUGGAUUGCUGCACUUGUUGCUGUUGAAGCUGCUUCAGUGCUUGUUCAUUGCAGUGAUGGAUGGGAUAGAACAACACAGUUGAUUUCCUUGGCAAGCUUAUUGCUCGAUCCUUACUAUCGGACAUUUGAUGGUUUCCAGGCACUUGUUGAGAAAGACUGGCUUGCAUUUGGCCAUCCAUUUGCUGAUCGUCUAGGAAUGCCAACAAUUUGUGGUAAUCUAAAUACAACAGAUUCCUUUUACCAUGGCGCAGCUGGUGGCAAUGCAUCUCCCCUCCGUGUAGCUCCAGGCACUGCAUUUACACCUUCCAACCCUCAGUCACCUGCAUCAAUAUCUAGCAACUAUUCCCCAAUUUUUUUGCAGUGGGUGGAUUGUGUGGCACAAUUACUUCGUAUAUACCCUCGUGCUUUUGAAUUCUCUUCUGAUUUCUUAGUUGAAUUUGUGGAUUGUUAUAUGUCAUGUCGAUUUGGAAACUUUUUAUGCAACAGUGAGAAGGAAAGGCAACAGGCUCAGGUUGCAGAUUCAUGUGGAUGUAUAUGGGCUUACUUGACACAUCUACGAAUCUCUGGUGGAAGGAAUCAUGAGCAUUAUAACCUCUUCUAUGAUCAUGAUCAGCAUCCUGGAUCACUCUUGCCUCCAGCAGCAGCCUUAGCCCCAUCUCUCUGGUCUCAAUUCCAUUUACGCUGGGCCUGCCCAUCGGAGGCACAAGGUGGGGAACUUGAGGCACAGUGUCAUUUGAUGGCACAAAAUCAUAUCAAGCUUCAGGAGGCAAAAACCCUCUCUGAUGAAAAAAUAAAAGAUCUGGAGACUCACCUGCAAGCAAUGAAUGAGAAGCUAAAAUCUCAAGCACGUGCUUGCCGUUCAGCAGCUGUCCUUGCUAAGAGGGCAUGCCAAGAGAACACUGCUAUUAAGCGAGCAAUGGAUUCAAUAGGGUGCAAAGUUCACAUUUCAAGUACAAAUGGUGGCGUCAGAGAUAUUGAAAGCUUGGAAGAAAUAAAACAAUAUACUAUAAAUAUGUUACAAAAUGAUUUGGACAGGGAAAAUAUAGAUGAUCAUCAGGAACAAAGUCUGUCCGUAUCUGUUUCUGUUGUAGCAGACACUGACUGUGCUGCAAAUUUAUUUCGGAAAAGUGGGGAUGGCUUCUGCCCAUUUCGGGCAGGUGAAAGUUGUAAAUGGCCAGAUGUAGAAUGUGCACAGAAGGGAAGUCAAUUUACGGGAUUAAGAGCAAACUAUGAUGCAUUUGAACAACUCUACAUACAAGAUUGUUAUUUCAAAUCAGACCACAAGGAAACAUAAAAGGUUGAUAAGGACAACUAUUCUGAAAUGAUUUAUGUUGAAAAUCGGAAGCCCUAGAGGUAAUUAUCAACAAGAAGCAGGGGCAAUUGUGGCAUAAAAAUAAAAGCAGAUCAUCCACUGAAGGUGACAAAUGUAACUGAAAUCUUUGCCAUGGCAUUAGUGAGCAAGAUUUCUGCUCAAGGCAAAUACGAAGAUGGUUAAGUCUUCCAUUCUUCCACCUAGCAAUGGUUGGAUGGUAUGGCUGAAGUGUCUUAUUUGUCUGCUUAUUAAAGAUGGAUGAAAAUUCUGCCCAAUUCAUGAAACAUGGCUGAAGUCUUGUAAUAUUCUUCCCAAAGUUCUGCCUAAGUGUCACUAAUAAAAGGCAGAUUAAGUUGUCAAUAUUUUUGCCUAGCAUGCAGACAUAACUCUGGCUCACAUUUGCAAGGGUCUUGCCAUCAUAUAAUUUCCAAUUUUGAGCUUCAGUUAAGGCAAUCUCUACUUGGCAAUGAAAGAAGAAAGCUAGGUGCACAAUUGUAAGGAUUUAACUAGUUCAAGAUUUUGCGCAGUUAUAAAAAAAUGACUAAGUAGAGUUGGCUUGUAUUAGGAUAGAUUCCUUGUGAUUUCAACACAGCAAAAGUGGCAUGUUUUGUUACCUUCAAUCUUUGCCCAAGACAUUUGAAAGAUUGCAAAGUGUGUUUAAGUGAAAGAGGCACAAAUUCAUUGUUAAAUAUAAGGCUUACCUUCUGUAAUAGUCACCGAAGUGACUUAGUGGUUUGUAAUAAAAGUUGUUAGAGUGUUGUCAGCAAUACCUCUCAAACUCUAUAUAAGGAGAUGAAUCCAUUUGUAAUCAACACACAAAUAUAUCAUGUUGUGUUAUUGU